AUGUGCGGUAGUCCGUGCAAGCGUAUGAAGAGGAGAGUUCCAAAUGAUGCAAAAAUAGUCCCUUACAUACCCAAAAGUGACUACUUCAGCAAUGUAACCGGAGUAUACUAUCACUUUGGCAAGAUGGAAUGGAGGAGCAUUUGUCACGACCCCAUCAACCACUCCAAGCGUUGGCAAAAAACCUUCAGCAUAAGGAAAUAUGGAUUUUACUCAGCAAAAAAGUUAGCCGAGGUAACUUCUCUGAAAAACUUGAAAGAAUCCAAUCGUAUGCCUAAGAGCCUUCUACUUGAGAAAUUUAGAACUGAAUAUAAAGAUGACAUAGUUCUGGGAUCCACGAGUUAUUUUAUGCAUCGAACAAUGUUACCACAAGAAUGUGUACGCAUGGAUGUAGACUGUCUUAAUAAUUUCCCUAAAAUUCCCUACUUGGAUGUCAUAACGCAAUACGCUAUUGAAGAUCCACUCAACACAGAUUACAAUCCAGGCUACAAGUCACUAGGCACAUAUAAGUAUUCUCCUGUUGCGGGAGAUAAUUACACAAAACAUAGUGAUAAGUGCAUACAAAACGACAAUGGAACCCACAAUUUUUACGGAAAUUUGCCCAAAUCUUGGAACAUAACCAAUUUCAUACACAAUGUAUAA